UUAUUUUGUCUUAUUGUUACUUUACCCUUCGGUGUGCAAAAUUUUUUGCGUCUCGAAGAUAGAUAUUAAAAAUAAUUCUUUUGUGACUGUAUCUACACUAUGCACUAUGAUUGCGUAAAAUGAUGAGCUAGUAAGUAAAGGCUACUGAAAAAUUCGUCAGAUCUAAGUGAUCUUCUCCGAGCUGUUUCUGGACUGAAAGUGAUGGGAACUCCAGCAACUCAAGCAACGCGGACGGCUGCUUUUCUCUUGACCCAGUUCGGACUGAACGCCGAGCGGGUAUUUGUGAAGGCUCCCCGGAUCGCAGAGGUACCAAAUCUUGCAGGACAAUUGCAGUUCUGGACGCUGAAUGUUAGGCUUACUGCAAUAGAAAACUUCCCUGAACUUCUCUACCUUCGACCCGAUGUAUACACCGAGUUCUAUAACAGUUUCGUCAAAGCGUUUGGUGUGAAGGAUCUUCCGCAUCUAUUGGGCAACUGCCCGCAGGUGCUAUUGCACGAAUGGCCAGACCUUCAGAAGAAAAUCGAAUAUGCAGUGAACACUAUUCAAACUUCUCACAAACAGAUCGUUCAUUCUAAGUAUUUAUUGUACCCUUUUGUACAUAUCAAAACUCGAUUUGAGCUAGUUUUGAGAACUGGCGUGUAUGUAAAGCCUAAUCGAAAGGACAGAAAAAAAGCGUACGUGAUGCCCCUGCAUAAAAUCGUCGAAUCUCCAUUGGCGUAUAUUCUCAAAAGGACAAGGUUAAGCCAAAGGGAAUAUGAAACCUUCAAAAAAAUCAUUCGGGAGGAACUAGAACAAGAAGAGGACGAAACAAAUCUGCGGGAGGAGCGUAAACGCUGGGGAUAUGACCAGGACGAUUACGACGCCGACGAGAUAAUCGCAAAAGAGAAAACUGAAGGAAGAAAACCUACGCGGUAAUCAAAAUAGUAAAUUAGAUACUUCUGAUAAUAAUGAUAAUAAUAGGAAUUACGCGGUACAUAACCAACAAAGGACUUAAAUAUAUUUCUGGUUGUAUUGUAUUUAUUUGAAAUAAAGUCUUUCAUUUACUAUUUGCU